CCCGACGGCACCCUGGCACCCCUGGAGAUCGUGCUGCUGGACAAGGUGUCCAAUGGCUUUCGUGGUGUCAUCCAGCUGCUGGAGUGGUUCGAGCUCCCCAACAGUUUCUUGUUGGUGAUGGAGCGUCCGGAGCGCUCUCGGGACCUCUCUGGCUUAAUCACGGUGUGGAGGUUCCUGCCGGAGGAGGUGGCGUGGGGGCUGUUCCACCAGGUGCUGAAGGCCGUGCGGCACUGCACCAGCUGCAGCGUCCUGCACCGGGACAUCAAGCCUCAGAACAUCCUCCUCGACCUGGCCACCGGCGAGGCCAAGCUCCUGGACUUUGGAUGUGCCACCUUCCUUCAGGACACGGUCUACACCCAGUUUGCAGGAACACUGUCAUACAGCCCGCCAGAGUGGAUCUGCUUCAAACGCUACCGCGGCGAGGCGGCAACGAUCUGGUCCCUGGGCAUCCUGCUCUACCAGAUGGUCUGCGGGAAGCACCCUUUCUGCAAAGGCACCAACACCAUCUGGGACCAGCUCCC